UUCUCGCUCCUCAGCGGAACUGUCGGCCGCCGGUGCCACGUCCCAGUCGGACACAACCGAUGACGCACCACCAAUGUCAAAGCUAGGUACACAUGGAUGUAAUCGACCCUGGGGUUUGUCCUUACAGUAAAUUAACAGCUCUAUAAUCCACAGACAGCGCGGUUUGAAGGAAAAUAAUCCGUAUUUACUAAACCAGCUGUUCCGGUGUGAGUUGUUCGGUUUUUGUUUGUUUGUUGCCGCGCCGAGGCUAAUCCACCGGCAGGAUGCGCCUGACGCUGCCGAUGUUGAUCUCCCACGGCCGGGUGGCCCGGAGGAUGGGCCUGGGCCCCGAGUCCCGGAUCAACAUGCUGCGGAACAUCCUGACGGGACUCGUCCGACACGAGAGGAUAGAAACCACCCUGGCCCGGGCAGAUGAAGUCCGCUUCUACGCCGAAAAGCUGAUCGAUUAUGCCAAAAAGGGAGACACUGAUGAGAAGGCAAUGAAAAUGGCCAGCUUCUGGUUGACGGAAAAGGACUUGGUCCCAAAGCUCUUUAAAGUCCUUGCACCCCGGUUUGAGACUCAGACAAGCAGCUAUACCCGGAUGGCACGGCUUCCCAACAGGAAGAACUUGGACAGAGCGAAGAUGGCUGUCCUGGAGUACAAAGGAAACCCCUUCCCGCCUCUGUACCCGGUGAAAAAAGAGAAUGAACUGACCCUCAUCAACCAGCUGCUGAAAGGCUACAGGGAGGAGAGGGCUCAGCAGUCCGCAUCCAGAGCUUAAUGAGCAUCGACCAGUGUCGCUCUUAUCUCGGAUCGGUGAUAAGUGAGACGUGAAGCGAUGGUCUUUAGAGCCAGCGGUCUGUUGGUUGGACGCUCAGGAUUCUUCUGAGGAGUCACUUGCAGACGCUCCAGUUUGUGGCCAAAGACAGUGACGCAUUUCUUCACCACAUGAGCCGUUUAAAGGCUCUCGAGUCAGCUGGAGCCAAGAGGAGGACGUUUCUGCCUCUUUGCAAGAAAAACCGAGGAUCUGGUGUCUAAAUAAAUGUGAUUGUGUAAUAUUAA